AACAGCCACCUCGUCAGCGCAUGCACCCAGGCGCGUUUGAAACGAAGGCUCCUGGAUGCAUGUCGAAAGGCUAGAGGCGAAUGCCCGAUCCAAGAGGCGUAGAUGGACGUGGCUCCUGCAGCUAUGGAAUGGCGCGUGUCGUGGAUGCGCAUGUGAGGGCAGCGAUAGGUCGUCGUGCGCGUGGGUCAACGAUAGGCGGGAUGCGUGACAGGGAACUGCUCCGCCCGCCGUGGGCGUGUUCCAGGCGUCAAGGAUGGCUGCCCUGUUUGAUCGAUCCCGCCCAGGGCAUUGACGAGACAUGGCCUGUUAAUUUGUUGACGCUGCCAGGGACGCGCCAUCGACCAGUAUCCCUCGCCAGCAUGCGUCACGCCUUCUCCCUACUCAACCCAGCAAACUCACCAUGCCGCUGCGCAAACGCCUGAAGAGCGUAGCUGCCGAUGGCCAAGUAGCAAAGGGAGACGAGAAGAAGAGCAAGCGGGAAAGGCUUGUAGCUUUCUUCAAGUCGAGAAAGCAAAGAAAAGCAGCAGACAGCGACAAGGAGGCUGCUGCCGCACCUAUACCCGUUGCUGUCAAGAAAGAUGGCCCCGCGAAACCGCCGCGAGACUCCAAGAUCGCCGAAUCUACCAGACCUGCGAAGUCGAGCAGCUCAAUCGACGUUCAACGCGCUGAGGCCGAGGCGGAAGACGUACCGCUGCCCACGCCUUCGGCAGAACCAACAGAGCCGGCAGAACCAGAAAGGAAAGAGCAACAGACCGUAGAGAAGCUCAGCGAGGAACAUGUACAUGCGCUUUUCUCCGGUGCACCCAACUUCUUCGUGCACAAAACGGAAAAGCGUGCUGUUCCCAGGGUGUCCUUCCCUUGGGACGCCGAGCUACAUAUAAAAGAUGUGUCGGAUUCCGUGCAACUCGCGGAGCCCGCCUACUCUGCUGCGACGCUUCACAGACACCUGCCCUCGCUGCAGCAAUCUUCAGAUCAGGACAAGCCAUACCAAGGCUAUGACUUGGACGUGGUAGAGGCGCCGAGCAUGCUCAGCGCUCAGGGUCUAGAGUCGGGGACCAUUGGGUUUGCGCACUUCCUCGAGCUGCCACAGUCCGACCACCUUGUCACAGACCUCCAACAGUCACAGACCAGCAACGCGUAUUUGGAGGGCAUGAGGAACAAGCAGCUGCUGCAGCAGAACCCGGAGAGACUUGGCGUUAGAGCCGUCGAUAUGGCAAUGGUGCAUGAUCGGCUCAUUGAGCUCGGCGACUUGGUGGAGGCAUUCCACGACAGCCCCGAGCGAAUGACAAUUCUCAAUAAUCAGGCGCCCGGAGACCUCUAUGCCAACCUGUUCGGCAAGUUUCUUACACCACCAGGAUACGACAGCACUGCUGAUGAUCCUACUGGCAUGAAGGUCCAGAUCGAUACAUUGCUCAAGAUUCUGCGGCUGAGGGGAGUGUGGUUCGACUUUAGUUUAGUCGAAUGGCGGAUACGACUUGGCCAAAUUCUCUGGGGCGAGGCCGAGGCAGAAGUGGUCUCUGACACACAACCGCUGUGGACAGAUCGAGACAUCCUGCUUCUGCAGAUCACUUUAGCCUGUGAACUUCUGCUUCGUCUGGACGCUAUAUCAAGCAUGGAGGUUGAUGACGUCAAACGCCAGUUGCAUGUGAGUCCCCAGGACUUCCAAGGGUUCCUGAAACUGAAAACGCGAAAAACGGACUGGGAUCUUGUCUUGGCGCGACGAUUCCUCGAGAACAUUCUGGUUGUCAAAGAAUACAACACGAGCCCUUCUGUACCAGAUUCAAAACUCAAUGGCCUAUUUUCCCUUCUCGGAUCGAGUGCGCCAAAAGAUGAAGUCAGGUCUGAUCUCGUUUUGCUACCUCAGCAUCAAGCCCGACAGCUUUCUGGACUCUUGCAUUUUGCCAAAACGAUACAAUGGCCUGGCAUUGAUUUGAUAGUGGCCGAGCUGGCCCAGAAGAUCACCGUCCCAGAGGUCCUCUAUACACCGGAACAGGCGUCGCCGCCUACUGAGAGAUUCCUAGACCCGAGCACUCCCGCAUCUAUCAGCGUCUAUGGCACACCUUUGGCAACGCCGCGCUCAAAUACUGUACUAGACAGCUACUUUGGCAACUUGCAAAAACCACCGCUGGACCGUAAUGAUUCCCGCGCGCUGCAGGUCCCGCUAACAACAACACUGCUUGCACAAGCCGAUAGCCCGGAUCACGCGCUCAAUGUCGGAGGCUGGCUCAGCCGCUCCUACUUGACCGGUCUGAUCCUGCCCGGAGAAGGCAUCUCGCAUUUUCUCAUCUCCACCCUACUAGAGAACGAUAGGUUGGCCAUUGCGGCACUUGGUGAUUCCGCUAACCUGUACGGUGGCUUCAUCUAUGCCAACAGGACAUGGUGGAGCAAGGCUUCGAUUGUUGCUCGCGUAAUGGGCUGCGUCGAGGGCGCUGUCGAAUGCAUGGGUUGGGUUGGCUUUUCAGAGCUUCCGGCUGACUCUGCUGACGGUUGGUAUGCUGUCACAAGCACUCAAUUGCGUCCCGAGGGGCCAUCUCUCACCACAACCGAAGAGGACCCGAUCAUGUUGCGAUCCGCUGUCAUACCGAAUCUUGACGAAUCAAAUGUCAAAGCCGAGGAUCUCACCAUGCCUCGCGAUGGCGCAACCCCCCCUAUUCCUUCUAUGGAGUUCUCGUGCUGGAACUUGACUCCAGCCAACGCAGGUCCGCAAGAGAGCGAUGCUCUCUCCACCCCCACUGCAGAGACGGAGUCUCAUGUGGCCUCUGUCACCUUUGCUUCAUUGGCUCGCAGCAUGCAUACCCUAUCGUUAAUCCACGACGUUCAAUUCGUCACUUCCUGGCCCUGUACUCCGCCCACAGCGUCGCCCGCUCCGAAUGUUCCUCGCAUGCUCAAACGCUCGCAAACCUCAUCGCUUUCUCGCACAUCGUCCAAACGCAGCAUCCACAGCAAUCGGACCGGCAGCAACAGAUCCUCGCAACUCAUCCGUCGCAAUUCGCAUGGGUUUGAGCCGUUGCUUUCACAUCCACCGGAUUCGCCAAGCAUCGCGCCAACGCGCAUGUACCUGCCCGUCUCAGACGAGGAUCCCAGUGCAGCUCUGUCGCCGAAGUUGGAGCCGUUGAAUGCGCACCCGCUACACACCUCUCACAAGUACAAAAUUGUGUCCGCGACGGAUGUGUUGGACGCGAACUUUGUCCUGCCUUUCACGCCGCACGUAUAUACUAUACCCGCAUCAUCACCACAGACCUCACCCCGAGAGGAAAGGGAAGAUGUCAAUCCGACUGGCGAAGAGGGAGCUGUCCUCGUCCUCGACGCCCGGGCCUCCAAAGACCUCGAACUCCUUGCGCGCUCGUGGUGCGCGGAGAAAGGCUUCCACGCCGUAAUCGGUCGCGUUGGGCGCACCUGUCUCGCGUGCUGCAUCCGCGAGGCAAAAGCGCUAGGCGUCAAUACAGUCAUCAGAAUCUGAUUCCGCGUGGUUGACGGUGCUGCGCAUCCUGCUCCUUGAGAUCGUCGUUCCUGAAUCCUCCCGCCCCACAAUGUUCAUGAUGUUAAUAUGCUUUUUUGGCGCACGCACAUAUACCCAGUGGUACUUUUUGGCUUGCCAGUCAUUGCUUGCUC